AUGGGAACUGUCAUGCACGCCUGUGAGGGUGAGAUGGUCUGCGAGUCGGUCAACCCGAAGAUCCCCUACUUCAACGCCCCGAUCUACCUGGAGAACAAGACUCCUAUUGGCAAGGUCGAUGAGGUUUUGGGUCCAAUCAACCAGGUCUACUUCACCAUCAAGCCUCAGGACGGCAUUGUCGCUACCUCGUUCAAGCAAGGCGAUAAGCCCAAGCCUGCCCCAGGUGCUGCCAAGCCCAAGCGUGCCGGUGGUGCCCGUGGUGGCCGCGGUGGUGCUCCCCGUGGCCGCGGUGGCUUCGGUGCUCGCGGCGGUGCUCCCCGUGGCCGUGGUGGCUUCGGUGGCCGCGGUGGUGGUGGUUUCGGUGGCCGUGGCGGCGGUGGUGGUCGCGGCGGAUUCUCCCGUGGUGGUGGCCGUGGUGGCCCCCGCGGCGGCGGUGGCUUCCGUGGUAGCCGGUAA